ACUACCACUACUCGUACCACCGAAGACAAAAAAAUAUAUAGUAACUACACCUGCUUCGCCUUUCCCUCGAUCGAAUGGCUUCCAGUGCUGGUCAUGUCGUUGUGAAAGCCGGAUACUGGUUUUUCGGGAGUCAUGACAACCGGAUUAAUGUAGCAGAUCAUUUACCUUCCGAACUCUUCACACAUCUUUAUGCUGGCUUUGCCAAGGUCAACGAUGAUGGCAAUGUAUUCAUCCCUGACACAUACUUGGAACUAUUCCAAGUCUUCACCAGAACCGUUCGAGUUCGAAACCCUAGCGUGAAAACUCUUUUAUCCAUCGGUGGUGAAGGUGAAGAAGCUCACAUAUCUACAGUGGUAGCAAAUGAAGUUAAGCGUGGACAUUUGAAAAGGGACUCCAUAAAUCUUGCCAAGAGGUUCGGUUUCGAUGGCCUGGACCUCUGCUGGCUGUACCCCUCCAAUGCCGACCGGGAGGACCAGCUUAGUGCUCUCCUCUGUGAAUGGCGAGCUGCCCUGGACAAAGACAAAGAGAAGACAAAGAGGCCUGAGCCGUGGCUUCUUACUGCAGCGGUGUUUCACCACCCGGUCAUUUCUGAUAAAGACGGUAACAUUACUUUCAGUUAUCCCAUUCAGGCUAUUUCAGACAACUUGGACUGGAUCAACGUACUGGCCAUUGACUUCUAUACUCCCUCCAACUCACCCGAGGAGACUGGACCGGUUCAUGCGUGGUUUACUCGACCUAUAGAUCAGAACGACAGGUGCGGAAAAAUAGGCAUUCGAGACUGGAUUAAGAGUGGGUUUGUGACCAACAAAUUAGUCCUCGGCCUUCCAUUUUAUGGCUAUGAAUGGAAACUUGUAUAUGAGAAGACGGAGUUUGGAUUCUUUGCACCGGCUCGUGUACAAAGAAGUGACUCCCUGUCCUACAGAGAUAUCCAGAAAGAACUCAAGCGGGGUAUUUAUGAAACCGUGUAUUAUAGGCCCUAUGAAGCUGUUUACUCGCAUGAAGUGAAUGGGAAGAAAUGGAUUGGUUAUGAUGAUGGAUGCAGCAUCACUGGAAAGGUUACCAAGGCACUAUUUGUUGACUACAAAUUGGGCGGUUACUUUGCAUGGCAUCUGGAAGACGACGACUGCAACUGGACUCUUUCUCGUUCAGCCUCGGAGUCAUCACAGGCUGAGGUUAAUUAUCCGUAAUGGCCGCCAGUAUUGUGAAGAAUAAUCAACAGUAUGGCCAGCAAUCAGAUAUGGUGUAUUUGCUAUAUAUAUGUAUGUGUGUUUGUGUGUGCUUGUAUUAUCAAUAUUAAGGCCAAUGGUAACAGAUAUACCGAUGUUCUGUUACAAUUAUAUGUAACAUAGACGCUUGUACGUAUCAUCAACAAUAAGGCCAAUGGCUAUGCUGUGUUAA